AUGGGGUUUAACAAGGUUUAUAUCUUCAUUGCAAUUUGCUACAUAUUGUGUCCGAUUCAAGCCCUAACGAUGAAGAGGAAAAUCUCACGUCAAAAUUCCAAUCUUUGUGCCAAUCAUGCCGUCGGCGAUUUGGUAGAAAAUCCCUCGGAUUGCAGACUUUUCUAUUUCUGUGGUGAUGAUGGUGAACUAAUUGAGGCUUCCUGUCCCUAUAAUAUGUUCUAUAAUCCUCAAACGAAAUUGUGUGAUGUGGCGGAAAAGGUGCCGCAUUGUCAACCGGGAAGUAACCAACAAAGUAGUUCCUCUGUCCAACAACCCAGCUCCCCUGUAGCCUCCGUUAACGCCGAAGAUGUCCUGGCAAAUGCCAAUCGCUAUUGCUUCGAUUUAUAUGGCCAGGAAUCGCAAUCAAAUUCCCUCGUUUUCAUUGCAAAUCCUCAAAAUUGCUACCAGUAUUUUAUGUGCUAUCAUGGUCAGGCCUUGGUCCAAGAGUGUAGUGCUAAUCUCUAUUGGAAUCCCAAAAUGGGAAAAUGUGAUUUACCCACAAAUGUUAAUUGUAUCCCUCCCGCGGUUAGUAAUGCCAACUCUAUGCAAAUAUCACCAGCCCCAGGAGGAGAACUACCGCUGGAACAGGAAACCAUGUGCCCCCUAUAUGGUCAUCAUAUUUUCCCUCACACGGAACGUUGUGAUUUCUUUAUCUAUUGCGUUAAGGGUCAUGCUAUACUGCAGAAAUGUCCUUUCUUCCAUUAUUUCGACGUGGAAAGUGGUCAGUGUAAGAUAAAACCUAUUAGAGAUCAUUUUGGGUCCAAGAGUGGUCCAUUGAUUGAAGAGGAAAUCAUGAAGAAACUGGUUCCUACGGCUUUCACUUUUUCUUAUUUGUAUUGGUCCUUCGAUUAG